GUGGGAAAUUUGUCUGAGCAUGCGCGAGUAAAAUGAGUAACGCAAUUGUGUGGAAUACACGCAACGCGUGUUUACAAAAAAGCACAAUCGUGUAAAUAUUGCAAAAUGUUUGUACAAAAUAAAUGACUGUUUUAUGUUGAAAGAGUGGACAUGACCUAAAUUAAUCAUACAGAACUUUUUAGUGACGUUCUAUUUCAGUACCCUGCCAUUGUCUCUGGUGGGCUGUCCGUGUGCAUUCGAUCUGAAACAGUUGCUACUUUGCUGUCGAAGAAUUUCGAAUGUUUACAUGAAAAUAGAGGCAAGUCAUGCAUUUUACAACCUCUUAAACUGCAUGAGCCCCUAUUUUUACGCUUAUACCUAAGAUAUCAAAUAAAAGUACAUGAAACAGAGAACAUUUGUAGAAAGUUUUAUCGUGAGGCCACAGCCAGUUUUUAAAAUAUAUUUAUUUCUGUUCCGGUCAUCACCAAAAUUACACAAAAGCCGAGCUUGAAUAUACAACAAAUUUUGAAUCGCAUCAAGCACAAAAAUACUUAACGUGUAACCAAAAUAUGCUCAUGAAAUCGAAAUUAAUAGCUAAAUUUUCAAACUACACCCUUCUCGAAGCGGUUUUCAUGAAGGAAGUUCACAUUUCGGCCUUUGAUUCUUGGCAAAAAUUUGACCACAACACGUGCGAAGCAACUGGGUCUCAAAGACUGAACUAAAACAUUGUGAGCCCCUAUUUUCCUGAUGAUAUGCUUGAUACCUACAAACGCCGAAAACUUUUUUCUUUUCAUUUAGCUAUAUUUGAAAUUGAGGCCACGGGCUAUUUUUGAGAAAAUACAGUUCAAAGUCAAGCUAUUUUUACAUAUUUUCAAAAUUUGUCAAAUUUCGUGAGCUUGUAUUUUGAACUUAGACAGCUGAAGUUACAUUAAGAAACAUAGGAUGGAAAAUUUGAGGCAUAUAAAGUUAAUUUCAACUUACAUUUCAUUCUCAAAUCACGUCUUUCUUCGUUUAUUACGGUUUUAAACAAGCCAUAGAUCGACGUAUACGGUAUUUAUUCCCAUGUUCACGUCGCCAUAUUAACUUCUUCCAAUCACUCGAUUACAAAACAAUCAUCCCAAAACAAAGAAUUCAUGAUCGACUUUUAAAAGAAUAACCAAUAAUUUGUAAAUCGUUGAAUGGAAAGCAAAAAAUCGUCAGCUAAAACAGCUUCUUGCUAACUUUCUGCUUUGUUUUGAAUGUAAAUGCAAAUAUGAGCUUUGUUUCUGCCCGCAAUUUUUUGGUCAGCGACGACAAAUUUCCCACCUGUUUGUCUGAAAGGCAUGUUUACCUGUACAUGGUAAAGACAAAUAAAAGUAAUAUAAAACACAUUCAAAAACACACAAAAAACUCUUGUUUAGUUGAUACGAAUCAUACGAGUAUGACAUGAAAGGACGCAAUACUAUUCUUGCUCAAUUUGCAUGAAGUAUUGUCGUCUCUUCAAAAGUGUCCAAACCGAACCACUGAAUGUAUAAAUAAUAAAUUUCAAAAUGAUAGUUUUUUAUAGUAGAAUUUUCUCUUUUAAUAUUCACAAACAUCAAAUAAUAAUAAGUGUUACUAAACUUUAUUAAUUAACAAUUAUUGGAUGAGGUUUUUGUGACGUGCGGAAUUAUCAAGGUCGAGGUAAGCGUUAUCAGCCUUGUUUUCGACUUGGCUGAUAACGCUUACCUUGACCUUGAUAAUUUUGCAUAUUGCAAAAACCGAAUUAAAUAAUUGUUUUAUUAUACAUUUGAAGAAUAAUAAACAUAGUAUUAACGCAUAAAAAACUUUAUUUAUGUUUGUUCAAAAUUUUGCUUUGUGUUAAAUAGAUACCGCUUGCUAAUCGUCGCAGGCUCAUUUGCAGAUAACUCAGUUAUCUGCCAGCAGAUAGCUGAAUUUUGUGUAGGUUUUGUGAUGUGCAAUUUAACUGUAAGCUCUUUGCCAAUCAAAUUGCUUUUACCAACUGCAAUGUAUAAUCAUACAUGUUAAAUGUAGUUACACUAUUAGGAUUGUCUAUAUAAGAUGCAAAUGUCAUAAACUUAAACUUUAUAUGGUGCAGUAUUUCAUGCUCUUUCUGAUGAUGUACAGCAAAAUGGGGCACAAGCUCACUAAUGUUAAAACAGCAAGGAUUAAUAAGGUACUAAUUGCUUUUGUUCAUUGAAUUACACUGCGCAAACAUGUAUAUUAAGCAAGCAUUUACACAGAAUCUGUUUUCUCAAUUGUUCCCGAACUUGACUAUAUUGUCCAGUAUUUCACGUUCUUUCCAGCGAUGUACAGUAAAUUAAGGCACAACCUCGCAAACUUCAAAAUUGCAAGGAUUAAUAACUGCUAAUUACUUUUUUUGUAUAUACUAAAUGUCGGACUAUAGAAUUACAAUAAUGAGCAAACAUCAAUAUUGAAUUUGAAAUAAAGUUGCACUUCUUGUUCAGAUGUGUAUUUACUAGCAUAUUUAGAAUUUUUUCAAGCAAAUUUUUUCAUUAUUAAUCAUAUAAACUGUCUGAAGUAUCUUUGAUGAUACUGAGCGGUUGGCAGAAAAUAAUAUAACAACUUCAAAGGAACUCUACUCUAGUCAAGUUGUGAAUAAACCACCAGAUCCUAAAGGCUUCUCGAUAGUGCAUUUAAAUAUCGCAAGUUUGAUCAUUAAUGAAACUAGACUAAGUGAUGAUAUAAACGAUGGUUUUAUUAAAAUAGAUGGUUACGAAAUAUUCCGGGCCGAUAGAAACUGAGCAGGUGGUGGAUUUGCUUUAUAUAUUAAAACAGCUAAAAAUGCAAAUUUGAGACAAGAUUUAAUUCCAGAUGGUCUAGAAGCAAUAUGCUUGGAAAUUAAAAGAACAAAAAGCAAGCCAUUUUUCAUUAUUAGUUGGGAUAGACCACCAAAUAGUCUGGCUGAGAUUUUCGACAACUUUGAAGUAAUGAUUCAUAAUCUUGAGGCGGAAGACAAAGAAUAUCAUAUAGUGGGCGACUUAAAUUGUAAUUUGCUAGAGGCUGAAAAAAUGUCCUUAGUAAACAACUCACAGAUAUCAUGGACAUCUAUCAGCUAGAGCAAAUUAUAACAGAGCCAACCCGAGUCACAAUUGACUUGUCAUCACUGAUUGACAUAUUUAUUACAAACAUUCCUCAAAAAGUAAAAUCCGGUGGAGUAAUUCGUCUUGGUAUUAAUGACCACUACAUGAUUUAUGUGUGUACCAAACAUGCAAUCAGCAGACCGCCUCCUAAAAUUGUUUACACUAGAUCUUUUAAAAACUACAACAAAUUUGCAUUCAGAAGGGAUCUAUUCUAUACACUAAAUUCGUCUAAUAUAGAAGUUGAACUAGACCCAAACAAAAUGUGGGAAAAAUGGAGAAAUGUGUUUACUACUACUGUAAAUGUGUAUGGAACUACAGAGGGUGCCUUGAAUUGGUUUAUAUCAUACUUAGAACAUGGCCAGAAAUAUGCGACAUUUGUGCCCACACACAUCAUUUGCCUGUGUCAGCAUAUUCCUGUCUGCAGAUGCGCAGUCGGAACAUGUAAAUUUCAAGAUGGCCGAAAAACAAAGCUGCAAAAGAAAAGCCAGAUGAUUAUAACCCUUUCCUGCAUGAAUUUUGUUUUAUUUAUGAAAAAAAUAUUUUAGUAUUGAUUAUGAAUGUUUUAGAGAUGUUUUAGCACUGUUAUAUAGUUGUGUAAAGCACUGUUAUUUGUUCUAUAUUAAAAGUAUAUGCAAAAUAUAUAUAUGCAGAAAUAUGACUCAUAUCGAAUAUUUACAGUAUCUCUAAACAGAUUGCUUCCUGAUGAUUCUCUCUACUUUGAGUGAAAGUCCUUGAAACAGUUUUUUCCUUUGACAAAACACAAAUUUACUUUACAUUUCAAACACUGGACAAAUGAAUAACUGUUUGGACAAAAGCGACAACAUUGUUUUUUCUCACUGAAGUCAGGUAAAUGUCCAGUUCCAUCAUAUCUGACAUCGUCAACUGGGGUUGGCGUAGCAUGACCCUUGGUUUUCUUCUUGGAAGGAGGAGUAAAAGAUGGUCUACCACGUUGUGGUUUUUGUUCCUUGCCAGCCACAAAUAAUGUGGUUGCUAUAGUAGAUUGGAACUGUAGUAGUUUCAUUUAAGACUUUGUCGACAUGUCUCUUUGCAAGCAGUGUCUGCGAUAGAGUAGCCAACCAUUCACGACAGAAAGAGUAAUACAAUAGCAGAACAUGUGCAUAUAAUAUUUGGUUGAGUGUAGAUGUAUGCAAUAUACUAACAUCAGCAUAUCACAAAGAUCUACACCACCCCAUAUGCAUAUUGUAUUCUUCCACUACAAGGGGUCGUCCAAUCUUCACAUGUUUCUUCUGUUGAGCUGACCAUCUUUGUGCAAGACCACCCUGAGCAUUUCCAAUAUGGUUGGUGAUCAGUUGCACUAAACCACGAGGAGGAGUAAGUCCGAUGCAUAGACCUAAGAAUUGGCAUGAGAAUGAACAAGAAGAGGCGAAGGUAUGGAAGCAGAAUUGGUACAAGAAAAAUGGUGAUGAAUCUGUAAUAUUUGUGCCAUCUGUAAUAUUUGUGGAUCAGAGUUGCAGAGGAGAUAUCAAAGAGAAAUGAAGAGACAAGGGUUUAAGGUCAAGGUAGUGGAGAAGUCGGGUGCCACCCUCAAACAAAUGUUACAGAAGUCGGAUCCAUGUAGAUCGCCAACAUGUAACAGAAUUAACUGCCUUGUGUGCCGUACUGCAGCGGUAAACUAUUUAAUAAGUAUUACACCAAGUACAUGUUAUAUUUUAAAGAUGGCAAACAACUGACAAGGUUUUUAUAUGAAAUAUAUUUUGUGACCCAUUUUUUUAGUAAAUAUUUUUAAUUUUAAAUAGAAUGGUUAUUUAUUUUAUUUAUUUAUUUAUUUAUUGAAUUUGUCACCAUACAAAAAAAUAGAAUUACAUUGAUGAAGAUAACUAUGUGACAGGAGAACGGAACAGGACUUUCGUCCCACUUGAAACCUAACCCCUUACAAUAUAUGCAAUGUACUAUUUGUCUAUACUCAACAAAAUACAUUAUACUUUUGUAUACAUUUAUAUACAUAUACACAUAUUUGGAAACGACUAACAUGACAAAAAGAAGUUCAGGAAUGACUAUAAUUAGCCGGAACAACCAGGAGGACUGUAUGUUGAUAACUUUGUAAUGUACAAGUUAAUUCGAGUAGACUUGAAUGCAGGUAGCAAGUGGUAGACUUUAAGGUAUGAGGGCAGACAGUUCCAUAGUUCGGCUGAUCUAAUAAAAAACGAUGUUUAACACAUAUCAUUCGUGAGUGUUUAUUAUAAACAUAAGUACGUUGAAAGAGUAAAGACAAGAAAGAAAUGUUGUUUAUUAAGAAAUUUUGUUCGAACUCUUUCCUGGCUUCGAUGAAUGAACUUUCAAGACACUGUUCUGCACGUUAUAUGUUAUUCAAAAUGUCUCCUCUACCCGAAACGGCAAUAGGAAUUUAAACAUAAACAAAUUUCAACUGUUAACAUGUAAUUUGUGUUUAUAGUCAUUGAUAGUUCAAUGUUCAAAUCCAAGUCUAUUUGGUAGUCUUUUUUCUUGCUGGGAUCUUCGUAAAUGAGCAGGUUCUUGAUUGUGUUGGGCUUCCUUGGUUCGGUCGCAAUCAAAAUCGUCGUCAUCAUCUUCGUCAGCUGAACUAUCCGUUACACGAUUAUCGAUCUUUUUGAAGAAGGAUAUGUUGCGUGUUAUCUUCAAGCCACGUUUGACGGUAACCAUAGUUCCUUUCAGAGCUUCAACAGUGAAUGGUUUGGGGUUAAACGGUGGGGUAAGCUUGUUCUUCUUUGGUUGGCAGAUCAGGACUGUGUCUCCUAUCUUCAGAUCAGUUGUUUUCGAGUGUUGUCGAUGAUCUAAGUAUUUCUUCAUCUUUUCUUCCUUUUCUUGAUCUUGUUUUCGCAUUGGAUCUUGGGUUUCUUGUUGCCGAAUUUUUGGAAUACUUGGAAGUGGUAUCUUCAACUUUCGAUUGUUCAGGGCCUUGGAUGGUGACACAUUCGUCGUGCUAUGUGGUGUGACUCUGUACUGGCGGAGAAAUUGAUUUUUAAGGCUUGUUUCCAGUUCUUCUUCUCAAUGUUUGCUGUACGUAUGGCUUUUUCAAUGGUGCGCAUAAACCGUUCGCCUUUGGCCAAUAUGGAGUGACUUUGCAAUGUUCGAAACCAAGGUAACUGGCAAAUUGUUCAAAUUCCGAGCUGUUAAAUGGCGGACCAUUAUCACUUUUAAGAACAACAGGGACACCUUGGCAGGAAAAUAUGUUAUCCAGCUUUGGGAUGACUGCUGUUGCGCUCGUACUGGUGACAAUUUCUACUUCGGGGAAUCAGCUAAAUUUGUUGAUGAUAACGAGUAGCAGCUCGCCUGAUGGGUUACGGACCAACAAAGUCGACAGCAACCUCUUGCCAUGGUGUGUCGGGCAGCGGUGUCAUGAUCAAGGGUUCUGGAUGUCGAUGGUACCUGUGGUUGGAUGACAGGCACGUCUUGACUUUCUGUUCCAACAUCUUAUCUAUGGAGGGGAACCAGACCUUUUCACAAAGUAGCAUUUUCUUUUUGACUAUACCUUGGUGGCCUACGUGUGCAAGAUCUAUGGCUUGGUUCUGCAGUGAAUGAGGUGGCACCAGGCAGUGGUUUCUGAUGAUUAAUCCAUUUCAGACAGUCAGUUCGUCCUUUAUGUUAACAAACGGUUUCACUUCAGGAUCGAGCCAUCGGUUGUGUGUGAUUGCUUCAGAAAGCUUGCAAAGGACUGGGUCACUAGCAGUUCUUCACUUAUUCUAGUUUCAUAGCUUUGGGGAUGAGGUUGAUGCACAAAUAGUUGAUAUAUGCUUCGGUGGUGUUGUCGGUGGGCGAAGAAACAACAGGGUUGGGGUGACGGCUGAGACAGUCGGCAGGGUUUUCUGCAUCUUUCCCUGGUUUGUAAACAACUUCACAAUCAUAGGGCAUCAGUCUUAGUUUUCAACGGUCUAUUCUCGCUGAAGUCAGUUUCUCACUUUUGAAGAUUUCGAGUAGUGGCUUGUGGUCGGUGAUGACAGUAAACUUAGCACCAUAGAGGUAAAGAUGAUAGUGUUCGAUAGCCCAUAUAACGGCUAAUAUCUCUUGUUCAGUUUGUGAAUAGCGGGAUUCUACACUGGAAAGUGCACAACUUGCAUAACUGAUAACUCUGCCUUCUUGAGUAAGCAGUGCUCCUACACCCUGGGGCUGGCAUCAACAGUGAUGGUGGUUGGUUUCGAAGGGUCAAAGUAAGCCAUAACAGGAUCAUUUGUAAGCUCGUGUUGAAGUUUUUUCAGGGCAUUCUCUUGUUCCGCUUGCCAUUUGGCAUUCUGGUGGGUCAGGGUACGCAAGGGUGUUGUGAUGGAGGCAUGGUUGGGAAUAAACCGAGAUACGUACUGGGUCAUUCCGAGAAGGGACUUGACUUCGCUGACAUUUCUUGGAGGUUGCAUAUUCCGGAUGAUGUCGAUCUUCUUUGGGUCUGCCUGAACUCCACUUGCGCUGAGUGUGUGCCCAAAGAAUAGUACUUGGUGCUGACUGAAGGAACAUUUAUCAAGUAAGUUCUCAAUCACGCCUCGUAAGUUCUCAUCAUGUUCUUUGUCAUCUCGACCAUAGGCAUGAUGUCGCCUGAAAUAUUCUUACAACCAGGUAAUCCAACCAGCAGUUUUGCAAUUUCAUUCUGAAAUAUCUCCAAGGCUGUGUUAAUGCCAAACAUUAGUUGCUUGUAAUGUCAAAGUCCAAUGAGAGUGGUAAAGGUUGUGAUAUGGCGGGAUUCAGGGUGUAACUCCAGUUGGUGGUAACCUGAGGCAAGCUCUAGGGUGCUAAACACUGUUGCACCAUUGAGGUCCGUGAUUAACUCGUCGACAGUCAGCAUGGGGUGUUUUUCUCUUUGCACUGCUUUAUUCGCUUCACACAUGUCCAUGCAUAAUCGGAUCUCUCCAGUUUUCUUGGGCACCACAACGAUUGGGCUGACCCAUGGUGUCGGACCAUCAACUUGCUCAAUGAUAUCAAGGUCUUCUAAAAGCUGGAGUUCCUUUUCAACAUCCUUUCGGAUGUGGAAUGGAAUGCAACGAUGUUUUUGCUGUUUGGGUGUAGCGUCGGUGUCGAUAUGCAACUGGACUUGGGUUUUUCUUUAUCUUCCCAAUACGACUGAACAAAUUUGGGAACUCAUCUUCAAUGCGAGCGUUGUAAGAGCUAACUGCUGUGUUAAUGGUUAUCUUUAAAAUUCCUAACUGUUUGGCAACCUAAGAGAUUUCCACUGGUUUCCAUGGCAACAUAGAAAUUGGCAUCCAAAGUUGUGGACUGGAACUGAAUGGUAACCAUUCCCAUUCCAAAAAUGGGUAUCUGGACACUUGUACCGUAGGGGAAGAUGUUGGACUCGGGCUGCUUGAGAGGUAGGGUGUUACUUUGGUUGAGCUGCUUGUAUGUGGACUUGUCAAUGAUGUUUACCAAAGCUCCAGAAUCAAUAAUGACAUCAAUAAGGUGCUCUUUAACCAACACUUGGCAUUUGGGGGGUUGGGUUUUGCUGUUCGAAUUGUUUUUCAAAGUGAAAAUGUAAUCAGGGUCGACAUCAUGAGGGCUAGUGCUCGGUUGUUCAGAAAGGUUGUUGACUCUGUUCCGGUGUUCGUGAGGUUUGUGUUUAGGGGUCGAUCGGCAUACCUUUGCAAAAUGGCCAGUUUUUUUACAGGAAUGGCAUUCUUUUCCUUUGGCUGGACAAUCUCGGGCAUGGGGGUAGAUACCACCACAGUUGCGGCAAGUUGAUGUGUGGGGUUUGUUGAAAUUUCUUUGAUAAUUUGAGCCGUGACGUUGAUUUUGUGGUUUUCUCAUGUCGCGAGGCGAGGGGUUAUGUUUCUCGAGAGCGCCCGUCUUAAUGGCGUUGAUAUUUUGACUUGACUCUUGUUUCUCCACGAAUUGCGCUUGUAUUUGACUCGUUUCUUCGGCUCUCCCCGCGUCUAAAAGGUUCUUUAAGGUCGGGUCUUCACGUAGAGCCUUUCUUCGAAGUUUCUGUGAUGAGCAACCAACGAUUAUUUGGUUCUUUAUCUCUUUAUCGACAUCUGUAAACGAGCAAUUUUGCGAUAGCUGACGUAAACGUGUAUGAAAGGCAUCUAGGGUUUCGGUUUGGUUUUGCUUCGCUUGGCGGAAAUUAUAUUCUUCAAACGCCGUGUUUACGUGCGGAAUAAAAUAGGCAUUGAGUGCUUCUAUCGCUUUGUCGUAGUCUUUCGCUUCGCCAGUGUCUGAAAGGGUGUCAAAUAUUUCGUCAACAGCCGGUCCUGCGAAAUGUAAUAGCAUCGCACGUUGUUGUUUUUUGUCGGUAAUAUUCAUCGCCACAAGCAACCGUUCAAAGCGGCCUAGCCAUUUUUUCCAGCGAUGACCGGUAUUUCCAUCGGCAUGGACAUCGAAUGGCGGGAAUGUCGGCAAGGAGAAACUAGUAGCUGCCAUGGAUAGAUGUAGAAAACGGCGAACGACUUUAUACGAAAAAUAUAUCGAAAUAUAUUGUUGUUGUGAAAAUGGCGCGAAAUGGCUUCCUCGUGGUCACACGAAAAUCUUGUUUUUAUACGAAUUUGCGCUUUGAAAUUCGAUGUUUUGACGACGUUGUAGAUUGACUAAACGUGUUUACUAACUCCAAUUGUGUAUCCUCGUCGCCAGAAUGUAGUGUUUAAGACUCAAUAAAACGAGAUAAACGCGUGUUAUAGUGUUUGUGAACUAUAUAUUGAAUACUGAUUAGUUAUUCCUAUUUGGAUUAGUUAUUAGCAUAUUAAUUAGCUAUAUUACACUAGCAAUAGUCAAUCUGUGUCACCAAGUCAACCCGAGUCAACCGAAUCUGCAGGUACAGUGAAUACUGAACAAAAUUCUAUUAAUAUUAACAACAAUAAUGUGCCUGUGUUAACCCAAAACCGAUCAAAAUUACCAAAGCUUGUAUUAUCGAAAUUUCGUGGCGAUGUCACUCAGUGGAGAACCUUUUGGGAUAGUUUUAAUAGUGCCAUACAUACCAACAGCUAUUUAACGAAGAUAGACAAAUUUAAUCAUUUAAAUUCAUUACUGGAGGGACAGGCUUUACGGGCAAUUCAAGGACUAACCCUAACUGAAAGCAACUAUCAGUCAGCUAUCGAUAUUUUAAAUCAACGUUUUGGUAAAACCCAGUACAUUAUUUCUACGCAUAUGGAUGAACUCCUUAAAAUUCCAGCAUGUACCACAGAUAAGACCUCACAACUACGAUUCGUUUAUGAUAAAAUUAGCAUCAAUGUCCGGGGAUUAGAAGCCCUGGGGGUCAACUCAAGCCAAUACGGCAGCCUUCUGAUACCGGUUGUCAUGUCAAAAUUGCCACAAGAUGUCCGACUUCAGAUAGCUAGAAAUACUGCACAAGAUGUGUGGGAUAAGUGACGGAAUCAAAGUGACUCCUGAAAAACCCAAGGCAGCACAGCCUAAGCCACCGCCCCAUGGUUCUGCUGCUGCAUUGGUGGCUAAUGGCCAACCCUCUGGAAAUAAAAUUCAAUGUGUGUAUUGUUCUGGCCAUCAUUUUUCUGCCUCUUGCACAAAGACAAACGAAGUGCAUGCUCGACUAGAAAUCCUAAAACGAGAUCGAAGAUGUUUUGUUUGCCUCAAAAGGGGACAUCGAAGUAAUCAGUGUUCAAAUCAAAGGGGUUGUAGACGGUGUAAUGGUAUACAUCAUCAAUCCAUCUGCAAUCAACAAAUUCCGACAUUGAAACCUGAUGCACACGAGCCAGCAGCCGCAACAAAGGGAAACGAAGGUGUUCAUGGUUCCCAAACCUUGCAACAAUUUCAAAAUCGAACUGAAACCCCAGACUCUAAUGCCCACGCAGUUCAUGUACAGA